GUCCCUGUCCCUGUCCCCGUCCGGUCGGUGCCAGUCGCGAGUGUCCCGCGGCUCCGCAGCGAUGCCGGCGGCCGCCCCCGCCUCGGUCACGGCCAUGCAGCAGGUCCUGGACAACCUGAUGGGGCUCCCGGGGACCCCGGGGGUGGCCGACCUUGACCUCAUCUUCCUCCGCGGCAUCAUGGAGAGCCCCAUCGUCCGCUCCCUGGCCAAGGCUCACGAGCGGCUGGAGGAGCGGAAGCUGGAGGCGGUGCGCGGGGACAACCUGGCGCUGGUGCAGGAGAUCCUGCGGGACAUCGGGCGCCUGGCGCGGCCCGACGUGCAGGCAGCGGCGGCGGAGCUGGCCCGGAUCCUGCGGGAACCUCACUUCCAGUCGCUGCUGGAGACCCACGACUCGGUGGCUGCCAAGAGUUACGACCCUCCCCCGAGCAGCCCCGGCCCGGAGGCGUCCCUGGGGUCGCAGCCCGUGCCCCCCGACGCCGUGCGCAUGGUGGGCAUCCGCAAGGCAGCCGGGGAGAACCUGGGGGUGACGUUCCGGGUGGAGCGGGGGGAGCUGGUGAUCGCCCGCAUCCUGCACGGGGGGAUGGUGGCGCAGCAGGGGCUGCUGCACGUGGGGGAUGUGAUCCGCGAGGUGAACGGGAGAGAGGUGGGCAGCGACCCGCGGGCGCUGCAGGACAGCCUGCGCCACGCCAGCGGCAGCGUCGUGCUCAAGAUCCUGCCCAGCUACCAGGAGCCCCACCCGCCCCGCCAGGUGUUCGUCAAGUGUCACUUCGACUACGACCCGGCCACCGACAGCCUCAUCCCCUGCAAGGAGGCCGGGCUCAAGUUCAUGGCCGGGGACCUGCUGCAGAUCGUCAACCAGGAUGACCCCAACUGGUGGCAGGCGUGCCACGUGGAGGGCGGCAGCGCGGGGCUGGUGCCCAGCCAGCUGCUGGAGGAGAAGCGCAAGGCCUUCGUCAAGCGGGACGGGGAGGUGGCCCCCACGUCGGGGGCCCUGUGCGGCAGCCUCAGCGGGAAGAGGAAGAAGAGGAUGAUGUACCUGACGACGAAGAACGCGGAGUUCGACCGGCACGAGCUGCUGAUCUACGAGGAGGUGGCGCGGAUGCCGCCGUUCCGCCGGAAAACGCUGGUGCUGAUCGGGGCUCAGGGCGUGGGGCGCCGCAGCCUCAAGAACAAGCUGAUCAUGUCUGACCAGGCGCGCUACGGCACCACCAUCCCCUGUGAGUGUCCCGGUCCCCGCCCGCAUCAUCCGUUGACAGCCAUGUGGCCCGUGCUGCUGCUGCUGCUGCUGCCGGUGGCCCUGGCCGUGCUGGCCCUGGGCAGGGUGGCCCAUCGGCUGCUGGCCCCGUCUGGCAACCCCUUCUCAGGGCCACCCCUGGAGCCACCGCGGCCACUGGUGACUGACCAGCGAGCCCGGGACAGGGUCCUGAAGCAGGGGUUCAGUGUCCAGCGCGUGCCGGCCCAGCUGGACGCUGUGGUCAUCGGCAGUGGCGUGGGGGGCCUGGCGGUGGCCGCCACCCUGGCCAAGGCGGCAGCACGGCUUCGAGUUCGACGUGGGUAA